GUUUCGCAUCCACUCGAUUCCUACUUUUCGCGCCAUUUAUUUAGUCAUGGUAUUAUUUUGACAGCUGCCUGGUGUGUGGUGUGAAUAGUGAAUGAACAGUCGUAACGAAAUUCAAAGAAAUUUGUAGAAACAUCUAGUGCAGAGUGCUAUCACUUUAAAUGUUUGUUAUUGUAUUAUUCAGUAACAUCGGAAAUGUGUAAAAAUGAAUGAUAUUCAGUGUUUGAUUGAUCGUCAACUCGGCCUUUAUGGUCGCCUGAACUACGAUAACAUCUUGAAACGAUUGGUAGUAGACAGCGAGGAAUCGUACUAUGGGCUGCAGAAUGCUAACAUUCCAGCGAACUUCGACCAGGAUCCACCGAUAUUUGCGUGCCGAUUCUCGGAGGCUCCCGGUUAUGAGCACAUCCUUGCUCUCGCGAACGAGGAUGGCAGAGUCGCUAUUCAGGAUACAUCCACCGUACACUCUGCUAGCACAUUGGAAGGAUUCCAGUGCCACAACAAUGCUGUCUUUGAUUUAGCUUGGAUGCCUCAGAACAUGAACUUCGUGACUGUAUCAGGUGACCAUACAGCAUGUCUGUGGGAUGUAGGAGAAGGCGCACCUAAAAGGGUCCUAGUGUUUUCUAGUCACACGAGAUCUGUGAAGACUGCCGUGUUCCGACCCACUGAGCCGUCGGUGUUCGCCACCGGCGCCAGAGACGGGCACAUACUGGUCUGGGACAUCCGCGCCAACAACCAACCAGCCGUCGUCCUCAGACCAGACAACUGUCUCAUAAACUGCCACUCUAGCUUCAACCCCAAGACGCCCGGCUCGCACGGCAAGCGGCCUCGCAUCGACAACCACCGCGCCAUCAGCAUCACUGGCCUCGUCUUCCAAGACGAUAUCACGCUCUUAUCCUGCGGAGAAUGCGACGGUAACAUCAAGGUGUGGGAUCUGCGUAAGAACUAUAAUAUUUACAAGAGAGAGCCCCUACCGAAACACUCCAUACCUUACUGCGGCAGCUCGACCAAGAAUGGUUACACCAACUUAAUAAUAGAUGAUGCCAGGAUGAGAUUAUAUGCCAGCUGCAUGGACAAUGUUAUUUACUGUUUCAACAUAUCGACUUACAACGCCAUGCCGGAGCAGAGAUACAUAGGACACGAGAACAGCACCUUCUACAUCAAGACUUGCCUCAGCCCCGACAGCAUGUACCUAGUCAGCGGCAGCAGCGAUAAGAACGCCUAUGUGUGGAAUGUUAAAUACUCGGAGCCCGUUGUGAAGCUGACGGGACACUGGGCCGAGGUGACCUGCGCCGCCUGGUGCCACAAAGGCGACAUGAAACUCGUUACCUGCAGCGACGACGCAAGGCACAAGAUCUGGAGGAUCGGCAAGGAAUUCCCAGACGUUGAUAUCGAGUUGAAGGGGCGCGCCGAAGUCGUACCGCGCACUGAUAUUACCAGCCUGCCUCAAUGGGGCUCCUUAGAUAAAACACCCAAUUCUCUUAAACGAAAACUGGUGACCACCCCUGGAUCAUACAGUGCUAAACGAAUGCGUUCACAGGCAAUUAUAUCUAAUAGAAAAACAAAACGAUGUCUCACAGAUCUCAUGAAUGCUUCAAAAGACGCCGAAGAUAUUGAAAUAUCCACAAAAAGACUGAAAUUAGAAACUCAUCCUGAAGAACUUGAACCUGUUGAACCAAAGUUGCUACCUGCAGGCAUUAAACGUCAUGGAGAGUAUUUAGAACAAAGUCCACCCAGAAACUGCCAAGUAGAAGCAUCCAACGACUGGAGCUAUAUGCCUACAGCCGGUGGCUCUUUCAUGACACCAACCAAAAAUUACGAGAACAAACAGUGCAAAAUAAUAUCACCUAAAGGCAUGAAGCCAUUGUCUCCAGUGCGAGUGUCGCCGACUAAAGUGAGGAUAAUAAGUUUCACCACACCCACUAAGAACCUGCCUAACUUUGUGUUAGACGGGGAGGCACCACACUUGAGACUCAUGUCUCCAGUUAAGAAAAAAGACACUACUACUGAUUGGUUGACCCGCAUGGGUCGUGAAAAAAAAGGAAAAUGUCCAGAGGUCAUUGAGAAACCUUGUGUCAUUGCCCCUCUUAGUCCCAAAGAAAAUAUUCCACAGAGAAGGAAUUCCGUGUCUGAAAGAACACCAAAAUCUGGUAAGAAAAAUAGAACAUUAUUGAAAUAUUUUAAUGUAACUGUGAAGGAGAAAUAAGCUAAUGUAGUAUAAGUAUAUUGAAAUGGACUGAUUUGUUUGUUAUGUUUUAGAGAGGAAGUACAAGUGAUGUCUCACAAUUGUAAUAGUUGAUGUGAUGUAUUUAUCUCACAUAGUUAUGAUUGCGUUGUCUUGGCCCAAAUUAUUUAUUAGAUGCUAGUGAUAUUAAAAUUAUGUUCCUAAUGUUUAAAUAGACCAGGUAAUCUCAAUAUGAACAAAUUUUAGUGAGGACAGACAUAUAGCCGAAUCUUUUAUUUUUUGACAUUUUAUCCGCUGGUCACUGAAACUGUUUUUAACUUUGACUGCUGUAGUGUUGUAGUACUUCUGUAUUUGUGUAAGUUUACUGGCUGUACACGAACACGUAGUUCCACAAUGUUUAUUAGUGGUAAGAAACUCCAUUUGUAGGUAAUAAUAGUUUUGCAUUUACAAUAUUAUUGAUAAGUAAAUAAAUCAAUUUUCGAAUUUAA